AUGGGAGAUCAAGAAGCAUCUUCUUCCCUCCCUCCCAACUCCACCAACACCACCAGCUUGCCAAACAAUCUUUCUAUUCCGGUAUCCCUCAAAUUCUUGAUCUCUAAUAUCAAGAAUCUAAUUCCCCAUCCUCUUUCUCCCGAAAAUUAUGCUAUCUGGCGUCUUCAAGUCUCUCAAAACUUCUCCGCUAAUGGCUACUCCGAUCAUCUUACCGGAAAAUGCCUUCCUCCGGCCGACUCCUCCUCCGCUGAAUCUGCUCGAUGGCAUCUUAUUGACAGCCAUCUCAUCUCUGCACUUUUCUCCACAAUAUCGCCUCCUCUUCUUCCGUAUGUCAUCACUGCAACGACCUCGCAAGAGGUCUGGACGGAGCUCGAACGCCGAUUACAAUCCACAAGCCGUUCUCGUGUGAUUCAGCUCAAUAACGAUCUCCAUCAUAUCCAAAUGAACAAUCUCACUAUGCAACAAUACUUGUCACAAAUCAAGACCAUAGUUGACAAUAUUGCAGCAGCCGACGUCAAGAUUGAUCCCGAAGAUAUAGUUCUCUACACCCUCAAUGGACUACCUCCUUCCUACAACUCGUUCAAAACUGCGAUCCACACAUCUCGGCUUCCGGCUGAUCUCGACAAUCUCUAA